UUCUGCUGCGCACUAUCACAUUUAACCACAUAUUUAUACACGUUUUUCUGAUUUGCAAUUUGCGACAAGAGGUACUAGUUUCCCUUAGUUCUUGCACUAAUCCAGCCAUGGCGUCAAACUUUAGCACACAUCAAGGCCCCGGCAAGACAAUUGGGCGCAACGAUCCGAUUGAUCAAUAUUUGGCGGAUCAAAAUUUGUAUCGCAAGAUUAUGAUUAAAUCAGGGUGUAGUAGCCUAUUCCGGGUCGUCGCCGAGCUGAUGUAUGACACACAAAAUCUUCACUACGAGGUGCGAAUGGACUGUGUACGCUUUAUGAUGGACAAGAGCCGCCUAUUCAGGAGAAACAUAAAGACCAAUUUCAACGAUUAUCUGUUGAAAUUAGAGAAGCCGAACACUAAAGGGACGAUGAUAGAACUACGGGCCCUGUGCCUUAUGUACGGUCGGAAUGCGAUUGUGUACGAGCCAAUGAAACUGGGCACGCCAGUUAUAUUUAGUGAUAAUUACAAGGAUAAUUUUAGUGUUUUCUUCGACAAGUUUGGCCUUUUCGAUGCUGUCUACUCGAUGAAAAGCAUUGAGGAGGCAGCCGUUUGCCAAGCCAUCACAUAUAAGAUGCUUUACCAGAUGUGUUUCGAGCUACCGGAUGUAAGCCUGGCAGUUGAGAAGAUGCUGAAUCCGGACACAUUCGACAAUAGCACCACGCUGCAACUCAGUCGAAACGGCACAGUUCUCCGCCUCUUCUGCAGAAAUGGACGCAACUUCGACCUGUCCACACCAGAGCUCACAAAGUGCCUAUUGAACGAUAAGCACCUAUGCGAUUUCCACAACCGAGAUCGUAGGCAAGAGUACGUAAAGAAAUUCGGACGAAUUCCAUUGUCGUGCACGCUCAAAAAUUUGGAUGAAUGUAUCGCGCCAUUUUCGUAUUCUGUUGCCAAGUCCCUAUCCCCAGAUGUAUAUCGAAAUGUUGAACUCAGAUCUUACAUUCUGAUGAAAAAAGAAGCGAUUAGGUUUAAUUUAUAUGCCGGCGACUACGAUUUUUGUGUUGGCGCCCAUUGUCAAGUGGAGCUUGGAAAAAGGCCGGGGCAUAUGAAGAAGUGCUAUAUACAGAAAAUAGACAGGAAGACACGAAUAUUCUCUAUUCAUCUUGAGGGAACGGGCACAGAGUUGUUGGUACCUUCAAACACAGUGCAUCCGCUGCCACCUAGUGAAUUCCAUCCCUGGAAGCUUGGGUAUUUCCAACGAAUGAAACUACAAUGCUGUAACAUAAUUUUGAGUGGUAGCAAUACCAGUUGGAAGUUUGAGACAAUUCUAAGCGCAGCCCUUGACCAAAACAAUCACCGUCUCGCAGGUAACCAUGUGCCCCAACUCCAAUCGCAAAACUUUGGCUUGGAUCCAGCAGUGUCGCAGCAAGGAUAUGUUGUCUACCUAACAGGCCCUCCCCCACAUUUCGCACCACCUGCUAUGAGCCCAUAUGAGCACAGAUAUUUGCUACCAAGUUCACCGUCACCACCGCUUAUAAUAAUGCAUCCAAUAACGAUGUAUUCAUUUUCGUGUCCAUUUUUCUUGCCAUGUCCACAAGAAAGGAACCAGUACCCUUCAUGGUCGGAGGCUCGAUCACCCUUGGUCAUCGAGGACAUCACUGACACUGCCAACCUUUCGGCUGAAAGGACGUAAGGAGUACAUUUAUCCCUUUAUAAACAUUUCUAUGCCUAACACACUGUUUUCCUCAUUCCUUUCAGCAU